AUGCCAUCCCUCGUUUUCUCCCAUGUCGUCUCGUGCUUCUCUUACUAUGCCAAGUCCACAUCCCUUACUCCUGAAUACUACCAAACCUUGCUGGAUCACUACUGGAGGCGCUCCGGGACGACCCUCUACCGACCGGACCAACUCCACGCGUGCUGCGUUCACUACACCCUCCGCCUGGACUCCACCCAGUUCAAACCCACCCGAGAUCAGCGACAAACCAUCAACCGGUUCAACAAAUACCUGACGGGCGAUGCCUACAUCAAGGAGGCAGCUCGCCUCCACCCUCGGUCACGCGAGCAGGCAAAGAAACGGGAUUCUGAGUUCGACUUGAUCGAGAGGGUCCAUGAGGCGGAAUAUGAUUCCCUGCAGCUGCCUCCAGAGCCCGCCCAUGUCUUUACCGUUACCCUGGAAGAUGAUGUCUUCACCGAGGAAAAGUACUUGGUGUAUGAGAACUACCAGCGAGUCGUCCAUAGGGAGGAGCCGGCCGACAUCUCUCGCCGCGGCUUCCAACGCUUUCUGUGCGAGUCUCCGGUCCAGCGCAAGACAAUCACGACGGCCGACGGCAAAGAGCAAAAGCUCGGUUCGUUCCAUCAGUGCUACCGUUUGGAUGGUGAAUUGGUAGCCAUUGGUGUACUGGAUCUGCUCCCUCACUGCGUUUCCGCCGUAUACUUUCUCUACCACGAGUCCAUCCACAAGUUUGCACCAGGGAAAUUGGGCGCGAUCCGUGAGAUUGCUCUGGCACAGGAAGAUGGCUAUCGUUACUGGUAUCCCGGGUUCUACAUUCACAGCUGUCCCAAGAUGCGAUACAAGAUGGACUACACGCCCCAGUACAUCCUGGAUCCCGAGACGCUGGCUUGGGAUCUCAUGGACAAGAGAGUCACGGACCUUUUGGACAACAAGCCGUACCUAAGCUUAUCAAAGGAGAGAGCCGACGCACCAGCUGCCGAAGGAGCCAAGGAUACUUCAGAUCAGCCUGCGGCCGGCCAAGAAGAGUUUACAGAAGAUCCCAAGAAUGAGGAGAAUGACCACGAUGACGACACGUUCUUGUUCAACACUGGUAUGCCGGGCAUCCUGUCGCUUGACGAGAUCCGCUCACUUGAGGAGAUGGACCAUAUCAAGCUGCGGAUAGAUGGCUCUGGACUUCUUUUCGAGACUGGCGAUCUUGUCGCGUGGGAGCGUCAGGACGUCGGGGUGAGCGGAUGUCUCAAGGCUGGCAUUGCGGAGCUGGUGGCGGCCUUGGGACCCGAGUUGUUGGAUGAUAUGGUGGUGGACUUUUGGAAUCCUAAUCUGUGA